AUAACAGAACCACAAAUCCUCUUCCCUAAUUUGCUUUCUGUUUUCUAUCAUUUUUGAGCUUAUUAUUUUCAAUCAAAAUCUACACAAACAAUGGCAGAUGAAGUAGUUCUCUUGGAUUUCUGGCCAAGUAUGUUUGGAAUGAGGGUGAAAGUAGCUUUGGCUUUAAAGGGUAUCAAAUAUGAAUACAAGGAAGAAAAUCUGAGCGAUAAAAGUCCUCUACUUUUGAAGAUGAAUCCAAUCCAUAAGAAAAUCCCUGUUUUGAUUCACAAUGGAACACCCAUUUCUGAAUCACUCAUCAUUGUUGAAUAUAUUGAUGAAGUUUGGAAUGAGAAAUCUCCUCUUUUACCAACUGAUCCUUACCAGAAAUCCCAAGCUAAGUUUUGGGCUGAUUAUGUUGACAAAAAGGUUUAUGCUGGUGGAAGGAUGAUAUGGACAAGCAAAGGAGAAGAGCAAGAAAAGGCUAAGAAGGAAUAUAUUGAGAUUUUGAAGGUAUUGGAAGGAGAGCUUGGAGAGAAACCAUACUUUGGUGGUGACAAAAUUGGGUUUGUAGAUGUGGCUUUGAUUCCUUUCUAUACCUGGUUUUAUGCUUAUGAGAAAUGUGGAAAUUUUAGCAUAGAAGAAGAAUGUCCAAAGAUUGUUUCUUGGGCUAAGAAGUGCUUGGAAAUGGAGAGUGUUUCUCAGUCACUUUCUGAUUCAGAAAAGAUUUAUGGAUUUGUUCUCGCAUAUCAAAAGAGGCUUGGAAUUGCAUAAGUUCAUCCUGAAAGCUCUAACGGUCUCGAUAGGUCUGGUCUGUCUUAUCACGGGGAUGUAAGAUGACGGACCAAGACUAAGAAUAAGAAUAUUGCUUUUGGAAUUUAUAGUAGAGCGAUGCAAAUGUUUUAAUUUUUCUUGUACUUCUGUUUUUCCUUUCAAUAAAAUUUUACCUCUUUAAAUAUUA